CCCGGCAUCGCGAACAUCGACCUUUCAUUUCUUGCUCUUUCUUUCAUUCACCAUUCGGACUGCUGCUUUUCUGCUGCUGACCCUCUUCAUGCCAUUGCUUGCAGGAAUAUUUGCUAAACGAGAUAGGCAGUCCGGUGCUCGCAGCGCAACAUCCAAUUUAAACGUCCCAACGACGCCGACUUCUACGGCUUCCAUCUCUAGUGGCACCGUAGUCUCUUCAGAACCAGAUUAUGUCUUUCCAGACAAGUCUCUAAAGUCUAUUCCGGCCGCAGUUUAUACCGGUCCAGCAGUCGCUUCAUCGAGCAAGCUGAAACUGCCAUUCCGUCGGAGACAUGUACAUCAGCCACAUGUCUCAGGCACCUCCACAAGCGUAUUCUCUCUCAACGAUAGCCCGCCACGCACACAUAUAUCCAGCGUUGUCUCUGAUUCAGGGCACGACCUCCCGCCUUCCCCACCAAAACCGUUCUUCUUUGGAGCAUACCACGACCCCAGCAUUAAUUCCACACUUUCGCUUCCCAAUGAAAACACGCGCCAUCAAUCCGGCUUGGAUACCCCUUCCGUCAUCGCACGGAAUGAGAUACACAGUGCACCCCCGUCUUCUUCUUCGAUGCCACCUAAUCCAAAAAAAUCUGGCGGGUUAUUCUCGUGGGCUAGAGAGCGUACUAAAUCGAAACCUGCCCCGCCACCAGCAACUAUUGCAGCUCCUCCCACUCCAAGUCCCUCACCGAGGGAGAAUUUUAAUUUGAAAGCUUUCCGCCACGUUCGUUCCGAGUCGCCCCCUUCUCUAGCUGAUGUUCCAAAUGUCGAGCUUCCGCUUCCUCCUGUCCGGCCACGGCCGCGCGGAGACAGUGUUGCUUCAGAUUCCUCUCAAAGGAUAUCUGUUGCAGCAUUUCGUGAAGCACAAGCUCGUCGGAGCCGUGCAAAUUCCCCUGUACCUUCAUUCCGACCCCCUUCUUCCCUCGAUACUCUUCGUGCUGAAAAUAUGUCCAGACAGCGGGCUUCUACGGUUUCAACGCCUACCGGAAGUGAACACCACCUAUCAUCUAAUCGUGAUUCAACUACCACCCAGCUGUCCAUCUUGGUUAACCGAACUUCGUCCGCUUUGGACACUAGUACUUCAGAGUCGGAUGAAUCUGACGAAUCUAAUGAAGAAGUGGAUAGUGAUGGCGUGCCUAUCAAGCCCAGUCGCAAACGCACCGUGACUCGUCGCCCUGGUCCGCGCUCGCAGUCCGAUGCGGGGCAUGCACCCACUGCAUCGAACGCUCAGGCUCGACGGCCAGUUCCUCCGAGAUGGUCAAAAUCGGACAAUGUGCAGCUACGGCAGCCUGACAACAUGGCUGCCAUGCGAGCGAGAGCAUCUGCCUCCACUAGUGCUCUUACACCCAAUGCUGCUGCCCGUCGUGCAUCGACUUUGGCUGCUGUAAACGCUUCUGCCGCAUCAUCAGCUUCAGAUAAAUCUUCGUCGUCGCCUUUGUCACCAAGAGCGGUGAAGGAUGACGACUCCGAUACUUCAUCAGAUUCGGAUAAUGAUUCUGAAGACAUGCCUUUGUCCGCGCUCGUUGCACCACGCAGACCGGGAAGUUCUGCAUCCAUAUCCACUAACAGAUCCGCUGCCUCGCGGCCUCGGAUGCCCGCGAAGCCCCUGAUUGAUAUCAAAUCACUCGUAGGAAGUCCUCCGAUGCUCACGCCUGUCCUGAGGCACGAGCAUUCAGUGAAAAAACCGUCUACAAAGGGUAAGGAACGUGAAGUGGAUAGGGACGAGCCCUUUGCUCCUCCCCCUGUUAUCAGCUUGACGCCGAGUCGCAUGGCUGAGAGUUUUGCUCAGGAAACUCCCCGUUCACCUGCUGGCCCAACUCCCAAGGUUCCUUCUCCCACCCGCCAUAAGAAGUCGAGCAGCGAUGUUGGGUCCAUCCCUCGGCCAUCCUCUUCACCAAUUGAGGUUGAUGAUGAUUUGAAGGACGCCAUCAGACUCGUUACUUCCUUUGAUCAAUCACGAGAUUCCUCACAGUCGCCUACACAACCUUCCCAACAAGUGCCGCCCCUGAACGCCGUUCCGCCACCUGCUGUCGAACGUUUGCCAAGUGCUGAUGACAAGCCAGAAUCUCCUCGUGACGACCGCAUUGUACCAACGCCUGUUCGAGAGUAUAAACCACCGGCUUCUUUCAGCGUCACCUCACGCCCUCCGCGUCGAUAUACCACUGAUCUCUCUCAGGCAGUAUCACCAGCCUCGCCGACAGCGACAUUCUCCACCGUCUCCAAAAGGCCUCCUUCUCCACAACGAUCUCCUUCUCCUAUCAAGUCUUCAUUCUCUUCCCGUCCUCGUUCUCAGGCAGUAUCAUCAGCCUCGCCGACAGCGACGUUCUCCACCGUCUCCAAAAGGGCUCCUUCUCCGCAACGAUCUCCUUCUCCCACCAAGUCUUCAUUCUCUCCUCGUUCUCGUGCAGGUAUCCUAGCUCAGCAGUCCAAGGUACCAUCAACCGACAAGUCAGAUGUUUCUUCCGUCGUCUCAACUUCUCGUUCCUCGCGCUCUUCUCGUGUCCCACCUGUCCCUCUCAUCACCGCUGUACCUGAUUCACCUUCCGUGAAAGCCAGUUGGGGGUCUUCGAAGGACUUAUACAAGACACGCCCUCCUUCGACGCCAAGUGUGUUGGAUAGCAGAAUGUCUCGGCCACCGUCAGGCACGCUUGUCUCCCUUGCGCCUUCCGCAAGGCCUGGGAUCCCCGCAGCACCAAGGUCGCAAUCGCAGUCACUCAUGCCCUCCCGCCCAUUCGCCAGCAACAGUUCUUUACGAGGCCAGAGCCCCGCCGGUAGCUCAACAGGUGACUCCAGCAGUGGUCGUGGUGCGCCGUUCACUCCACAUGAUGGUAGUGAUAUUGGGGUGAACAUUGGGCUGAGGGAUGGAAGCGAUGCGGACUCGACGCUCAAGGCGCGCGGGGCGAAUGCGAAGCGGUCAUCUGUGAGCUUUGGAGAUGAUCUGCCGCGUGGUCGUGAGAGGGUGAAGAAUGACGCUGAUGAUGAGGAGAAGCGGAAUGAGAGGAGACGGAAUGAAGCGAAGUCUGCUAUUGAGUUCGGGAAAAUCGUCAAUGGUCGUGGACCCAUUGUGCAUAAUGGUUCCGACGAAGAUCUUGUGCCUCAGCAUGGACAGCGGAUGAGCAUCAAUCCCAUGAUGGGCAUGGAUGGCAUGAUGCCUGGGAUGAAUGCUCCUGCGUGGGGGCCGUGGCAGCAGCCCAUGCCGACAGGUAUGGGGCCUAUGGUGGCUUCUCAGUUCAGCCCCGACCAGAGCUACUUCGUUGCUCACCAGCGCGCGAUGAUGAUCGCGAAGCAAGCGUACCAAAUGGCAGUGGCUCAACAUGCGAUGGCGUUAGCCGGAGACGAGUGGGAACGAGGGUCCAAUAUCGGCGGUGGGUCUGUGUAUGGGGGUGGUGGAGGUAGCGUGUACAGCGGAAUGGGAGGGGGCGGGAUGAGUAUGCUGGGCGUCCCUGGGAUGAGCAUGCCUGGUAUGAUGCCAAACCAGUGGUCCACGGGCUCCGUCAUGUUCCCCGGUCGGAUCAACAGUACGCAGAGUGAGUUCGGAGGAGGGUCGAGGAGUGUGUACGGGGAGUCGUUUGGCCCAUCAAUGUCCUCCCGUUCGAGCCACACGCCAUCUGGGCACGGCGUCCCGAACAAUCCUGCGAGUUCCUAUGGAGGAGGUUCACGACCGCGCGCCAAGACUGGCGCUUCUCAGCCUUCGAACUUGCAGCCACCGAUGCCUGGUAGGAAUCCCGGACGAAAAGCUGCUCCCCCAUCGAGCUGGAAGAGCGCGCGAUAACACGUACGAUGACUUCAUGACGUGCAUCCAUUUUUU